AUGUCGCUGUGCUUGGUGCUGCUGUGGUGUGCCUCUUGGUGUGCCUUCGCCGGUGCCGUGUCCGUCAACAAGUGCUGUCCCGAUGGCAACCAGCUCGAGGGUUCCGUCUGCGUCGCCGCCCAGCUCGAGCCUUGGGCCCCCGUCAUUUACAACCCCGCCGAAAGGGGCUUCCUGCCCCCGGACACCUACCCCGAGUCCUGGGUCUUCAAGGUGUCCCUGCCCAUCACCUGCCAGGAGCCCACUGCCUACUUCAAGACGGGCUCCUUGCCGCCCUUCGUCAUCUUCACCAACGGCAGCCUCCUCGUCGAGGCCCCCCAGGAGCCCUUCAUCCAGACCGACUCCUACUGCAUCGAUCCUAAAGGCGCGCUGAUCUGCAUCCAGCCCGAUCGAGAAGGUAGGACAACUGUCCAGAAGUGUUGUGGCCAUGGAGGUAUUUACUCAGAGACCAAAGGCUCCUGCCGGCUCUCUCCUUACGACGACGCGAAUUUCGCUCACCUUCGAGUGCUCCACAAGUUCCCCGAUUGUGCCGAUCCUAAUGGUGGUUUCUCGAUCAGUGGCAAGCUCAACGACACUUACUUUCUUCUGGAAGACGGCAGCCUCAAGGAGAGUGGAGGCCGGGUCCUCGGCAAGACGCAGUACUGCCUCGAGCACAUCGAGGACUCGCCGAACGACACCGUCCAUGUGUUCACCUGCCCCCCGAGGAUAAAGGCUCGCCACGAAGACAUCAGGUUCACGCUGUACCCGAUGGGCCUGUUCCUCUCGGUAUUCUUCCUGGCGGUGACCCUGAUAGCGAGCUGUCUGCUGCCGAGCACCUACCACGUCCUGCACUGGCGGUGCCAGACGAACCAUGUAGCAUGUCUUCUGGUCGGUGACCUCCUCCUGGCCAUCACGCAGCUGUCGUCGGACGCCCUCAAAGGACCUGCCUGCAUCGGAAUCGCAAUCGCAAUGCAUUUUAUCAUUCUUGCUGCGUUCUUCUGGCUGAACACGAUGUGCUUCAACAUUUGGUGGACAUUCAGGGACUUAAGGCCAGCGAGCUUAGACAAGAGCCAAGAAGCUUGCAGACUCAGAGCAUACGAAAUAUAUGCUUGGGGCGGACCACUGAUUAUCGCUGGUAUAGGCGCUCUGAUGGACAGCUUACCCGAAAGUGCAGCCAACCCUUCUUUCCUCAGGCCCAAGUUUGGAGAGAUGAGGUGUUGGUUUUACGGUGACACAGAGGUAUUUGCCUACUUCUUCGCACCGAUAGGUUUUCUUCUUUUAAUGAAUUUGACAUUAUUUGCUGCUACAGCGAGGGAACUUACAUGCGGGCUCUGGAAAACUGAAGUUGUGAAGUCGAACACCGAACGGGCAACACUUGGCCGAGUCUGCUUAAAACUUGUUGUUGUGAUGGGAAUCACGUGGGUAGCGGAUGUUGUGUCUUGGGUAGUUGGAGGACCAGUCUAUGUUUGGUAUUUCACCGAUCUUAUCAACGCUAUGCAAGGUGUCCUCAUCUUCGCUGUUGUCGGUUGCCAGCCGCAGGUGUGGUCUGCUGUAAAAAGACUGUGGUGCCUGCGGGAUCCUCCUGGUGAUAAUGCGAAUGUACGAUCAUCAUCAUCUCAGGCCCCAGCAUCCCUCGGCGACCAGUCUAUCACCAAACCAGUUGAGACCCUUUGUUGAGUCUCUACUGUUGGACAUUUAUUUACAAGUUUUAAUUUAUUUUAUAUUAAUUUAAUAUAUUUUAUUUUAAAAAAUAAAUAAUCAGGGUUUUCUUUUAAAAAUAAAAGAAUCCUUUAUUGAUUUUUUUUACAAAUACUUUAAAUGACUUCGAAAUUAGUCUGAAAUAGUUCUAUAACAUUCAGAUGGUAUAAAAGUUGAUAUUUAACUUUGAUAUUAAAUUGGGAUUUUUCAUGAAUUUUUUUUUUAAAUAUUUUUUUACUUGUAUAUAACUAUUUAUAUAUGAUACAGACUGAGCAUUAUUUUAGUUUUUGUACCUUUACCGGUCUAUAAGUGUUGUUUUUUAGUUUUAGGACAGUAUUAUUGCUUUAAAUAUCUGUACAUAUAUACAUAAAAACACUUUUAUGUUUUCCUGAAUAUUGUAAAUUACUCCUUAAUGUGCCAAUAUUAGAUGUAGGUAUGAAAUGAGUAUUGGUUCUGAAAUGUUGUUCAGCUCAACCACAGUAGAAAAUCCAACAAAUUACAAAAACAUAAGGAGUCAUUUUACCCUUGUGUUGAUAAUAGUGAUUACAAAAUAAAAUGAAAUAAGAAUUUGAGAAGGAAAACUGUGUAAAAAUUAUAUGUACACAAGAGAUUUUUUUAUUUGAAUUAAUUUAUUUGUUUAUGUUAUGCAUAAGUAAAAUUAUUUAGAGCUUUGAUUUGUAAAUAAAGAAGUGUAAAUGUAUUAUUGUGAAAAUUAUGUUAAGUUAAGAAAGCAUUUAUUAUGUUAUCUGUUUUGUUGUAUGUAUACUUCAGCACAAUUAUUUAUUUGACUUUAUUUUUAGAGGUAUUCUCUGAUAAAUAGAAUAAAAAAAGAAUAACUUGACUCAGUAUUAAAUCUAAAAUGUUACGAAUUUCAACAGAAAAAAAAUUAUUUUUUAAAUUAUGACACAAAUCUUUUAUGGUGAUGACUGAGGUUUUAAAAUUUAAUUUAUGUUUGAAACUAUGUUACUUAGUUUGGUUCCUUUAUAGAUAUGUUUUCAAUUUUAAUUUUGCUUUCUAUGUUGCAAUCUUAACUACUAAAGACUGUCAGUAACUUCAUUUAUUAUGUUUGUUUGUACAUAUGUAUAUCUAUUUAGUUUUACUAAUUUUUUUCCUUUGAUAUGUUCCUUACCUGAUUGUUACCAAAUAAUGAUCGGUGUUUAAAACACUGAUUCGGAACAGCUCAUUGCCAAUGCACACACUACGGUCGAUGGCGUCUAAACGGCCUCAUUUCACUGAUGAUUGUAGGUGUGUUUCCCUCCAAAGAUUUGUUUGUAAUAUGUUAUUUUAUUAUGAAACUAUAGUUCUUAGAUUAAAAAAAAAUGUUUAAUUGUAUUUUUAAUAUAACUUUGUAAAAAUAUGAAAGAAGAGUCAGUAUUAAGUUUAUAAUAAAUCUUUAAAAUACCUUUCAUUAGGUGUUUCAUUUACCUUUC